UUGUAAAAGUUAUUUAGUGUUUUCUAUAUUACUUUUCUAUCUUAUUUCCUACUCUUGGUUGAAACAUGGCGAGAACAAAAGCAUCUGCCGGUGCCAAAGUGGCGUCCGGAAAAAGUAGUAAAGCAAGAUGUAGCGUAGCAAUACCCGCUAGCUCGUCAGGGACUUCAGGCAGCAGUGAGCGGGCGGCACGCAGCGGCGGCGGCGGUGGUGGCAACUCGGUGUGUCCACGGGAGACCCCCAAGUGGCAGAAACCCAUCACUAAUUUCUUCAUAUGCAAAGAACCUGCUCGGGGCACUGAUAAUGAGGAUGAAGGUGUUGAAGCAUCAAGCUCUAAACCGGAGGCUCAGAAACCAACUGUAGAGUCAGAUGAGGAACAGAAGGUUGAGGAGAAACCGAAAAACAAAGAAUUGGAUGAAACUAUUGAGUUGGAGCCCUUAACAGGGGAAGACAGCCACAGAAUAGAGGAAUAUUACCCCAAAGGGCCAAAGGGUAAGGGUACGGGCAAGAAAACUAAGGGGACUAUGGGCAAAGAGAACAUCGACAGAAACGUUGAGAGACGAAACUCAGCGAAACGGGAACUGGAAGAAAUCUCUUUUGGGGAGGAGUCGGAACAUGCUAGUAAAAGGAUUAAAGUUAAUUGAUAGGAUAGUUAUGUUUAAAAAAUCUGACUGGUGCAGUACAAAAUAU